CCCUUUUUUAAAUUUCCAUCUUAAAUUCAAAAACCCAUUUCAGCCAAGUGGAAGUUGAGAGGGUAACCGCCGGAAAAUGGGUUUUGCGGCGGAGAGAGCGGUUGCGGUGACGGCGGCGGUGUUCGUGGUGGUCAUGACCAUGGUGCUAGAGCCGGCGGUGGCGGCGGUUUAUAAGGUUGGAGACGCCGCCGGCUGGACCACCAUCGGCGGCGUCGACUACAAGCAGUGGGCUGCUACCAAGACUUUCCAGCCCGGUGAUGUCAUCGUAUUUGAGUACAACGCCAAGUUCCACAACGUAAUGAGAGUGACGCAUGGGAUGUACAAAUCAUGCAAUGUCUCAGACCCCAUAGAGACACACUCUUCCGGCAACGACACCAUCACCAUUCAAACCAGAGGCCAUCACUUUUUCCUCUGCGGCGUUCCCGGCCACUGCCAGGCCGGCCAGAAGGUCGACAUUAACGUCCAACGCCUUGCUUCCACCACCGUCGCCCCAGAGCCCUCUGCCUUGGCCUCCCCUGCCGUCCCCCUCGCACAUACACCCACCGCACAAGCACCAAAAGCCACUGCCCCGCGCCUCAGCACUGGCUUUUGGCUAUUGCUUUCGGCCUUGUCCGUUCUAGCGUUCGCUUAAACGGGCACAAGCCAAGCCCUUCCCUUUCAUUAAGUUGCAGUCUUUUUUGUACAACAAAUUUCAGCCAUUUUGUAGUGAUAGUUCGUCAUCGAGGUCUCUUUUUACGUCGUCUAUACAUACGUUUUCGUAAGUUUGAA